AUGGAAGAGGACAACGCCAUAUUGGAUAAUGGAAAAUUAAAAGAUAGUAGCGAGGAUUCAGAGAUUGAAGAAUCAGAGGAUAUCGAGUCUGAGGAGGAAGAAUCAUCAUUGUCAGAUGAUGAAGAAGAAUCAUCAGAAGAGUCAUCCUCUUUAUCAGAUGAUGAUGACGACGACGACGAAGAUGACUUAUCAGAGUUGGACAUUAAAAAAGAAGACUCGUUGCAAGUCAAGAGACUAAAGAUUCAUUUAUUAAAGGAAAAAGGCAAAGUGAUGGAUGCAAAAGAUACUAUUGGAAGUUUGGUAGAACAGAUAACUGCCUAUAAACAGUCAGUGGAAGAAGAUAGAUUGGAUCUAGAGAACAAAUUAAAACAUGAAAAAAAGACAAAACUAGAGAUAUUUGGUAUCUACAAGGACUUGGAAACUGAACGUGACAAUCUAGAGAAACAACUAGAGUUGGUCGUUCAAGAGUGUGAACAAUUGGAAAAGGAAAAACAAGGCAUGUCAAAGGAAAAUAUAAACAAUCUUCAAACUCUUAUGAACGAGAUUACAAACAUUGAAGAGUCAAACCUUCAGUUGGAGAAAGAAUUGGAAAAGGAACGUCAAGAUAAUCAACAACUUUUGAUUAAAUUAAAUGAACAAACAAAAUUGGUAGAGUCUUACAAGGAAAAUGAAUUAAACAUUACUGCACCCAAUGUUGGAGGAAAUGAUGCCAUCGUAACGCAACUAAAGAAACAGCUGCUUGAUGCACAGUCCUUGUUGAACAAGGAAAAGGAAAAAUUGGCAAACCUCGAUAGUCUAAUGUUCCAAGCUCGUCGUGUCAUUGGAUUGACUACAGACAGUGGAUUAAAUUCUUCAAGUACUACUGCCGAACAAACAAUCGAAAUCAAUAAUCUUAGAAAUGGCAUCAUGGAGGAAAAGACAAAUCAUCACAAAACAUCUCUUUUAUUGGAAGAGGAAAAGAGACGUUCAGAUCUCAACAAAAAGACGGCUGAUAGUCUUGUUGCUCGUAUUAAAGAACUUAUUUCUUCUCAAUAUGAAACAAUUCAACAAUUGGACGAUGAAAAGGACAACUCUUCACUUCUUGGUCAAGAAAUUGAAAAAUUAAAAGAUCAAAUCAACAUUUUACAACAACAUCAACAACCAAAACAACAUCAUCAACAACAACAUCAACAACAACAACAACAACUGUCACCACAACAACCACAAAUACAACACACUACUGGAUCUAGUGAAAAUAGUACACCAACCAUUGUACAAUCACCAAGUUUAGAGUUUAGUGACUCGUCAUCUUCAACAAGCAAGAAUGGUGGCUCAGAAAGUAGUCAGCAUGCUGCACAAUUACAGGAAGAAACCAUGACAGCUGUAACUGCAUUGCCAGACCCACCAAAUAGUGACCCUACAUCAAGACCUUCGUCAUCGAAAAACUCAACAAUACAAGACCCAUUUAUCGCAAAGUCUGCCAACAAUCAUCGUGUAUACAAAACUAUAAGAAGAAAUCAAACCAUUAAAUUCAUCAAUGAAAUGGGAGGGGACUAUCCUGUAAUCGAAAAACAAACUCCUCCUCCUCUUGCCAACAACAACAAUAACGCACAACCAAUCACCACCAUCACCACUACCACCACUAUUCCUUCAUAUUCAUCUUCGUCGACACUUCCAAACAAUCAAUCGUCAACCAUUUCAAAAGAAGCCAACGUCGAGAAUAGAAAAAUUGGUGCCAAUUUUAAUUUUACUCCAAAUAGCUUUGGUAUUGCCACCAACGUAUCAACAACAUCUCAUCAAGUGUUGGAGAGAAAAUCUAGUAUCAUAUCGAGUGGUACCAACUCUACCAAAGGCAAACGUGAUAAAAAGUUGGAAAAAGAGAUUAAAGAAAUCACAAAGCGAAUUGAAAAGGAGGAAAAGAAAAAGCAGGCUGCCAACAAAAAAUUAAAAGAACAACCACCACCACCACAACAACAAUCAACGGCAGCAGAUAGUACUAAUAAUAGUCCAUCAGCCGUAUCACCAAGAGAAAGAUCAGACUCUACCAAGGAUCUAUUGACCAACAACAACAACAACGCCACUUCUUCUUCUUCAUCAUCAUCGUCAUCAUCUUCUUCCAACAACAACAAUGACUCUAUUAAAGAUUUACCAACCUAUUUACAAACUUCAGAGGCAACAAUGGAAGGAGGAAGUGUUGGUAGUGGUUCAUCAGGAAGACAAUCCACCAAAGAUAAAAGAAAAUCGAUUUGGUUUUUUAACUAA